AUGACAAUGGUUGAGAUUUCAGAUAGUGAUGAGGAUGAUUUCUUCUUUCAUAAUCACAGCAAUUCAGAAAGUGAAUAUGAAUCUGAAAUAAAUGGAGGCACCAAAUUAGGUGAUCCAGAAGAAAGUAAUAAUUUGAUAAAUUCAGAAUUCAGUGAUGAAGGAGAUGAGGAAGAAAAGGAUGAUAGGAACAGCGGAUGUGUUAAUAUUGAUGAGGCAGGAGCCAAAGAGGAUGACAAGUUACAUUUAAACAAUGAAGUGGAGGUUGAGGAUGUUAGUAGUAUUCAUGAAAUUGAUUCAUAUGAGGAGGAUACCUCUUCUGAUAAGGAAUUUUCUGUUGUAGAGAAAAACAUAGAAGGGUCGAAGUCGAAACGCAAUAAAAGAUGGUUAGAUAGAACGGUUUCUAGAGAAGAACCAAGUAAACGUCAAAAGUACGAAGAGGAAGAGGAAAAUGAUGAUUUUUCAAAGGCUAUAAGAAUGAACUCGAAUACCUUAACAAAUGUACCUUCUCCUACUUCAGAUAUGGCUCCAAAUAGGAUAUAUAACAUCACUUUUACUUCAAAAUUGGAUGGAAGUGUUGAUAAGAAGUUACAGGCAAGAGUUUUAGGGAAACAGCAAUUCUCAGAGAUUAUGCAACCAAUACUUGAUUCAUAUUCCAAAAUAUAUAAGGUUUCCAGGGUCAAAAAAAGAAACUAUAAGACAGACUUGGUUACAGUCUAUUGGGAUAGAGCAAAACUGUUACCAUUUAUGACAUGCAAUUCUUUAAAGAUUCCCUUAGAGUUCCAAAGUGAAAUAUCCCAUAUAGAAUUAACAAUUAUAUCAAAAGAGAACGAACAACAAUUUGAAGCUGAUAUCAAAGCUCAAUUAGAGGUUGAUCAGAAGGAAAAUACCAACAAAACUGAAGUGGGAAGCUCUAAGAACUUUGGAAUCGAAAGCCAGAUAGAUGAGAAUAAGAAGAAAUAUGAAGAAUAUGAAAAUGAAUUAAAUGAAUCCAUUCCUAUAUCUGUACCUUCACAGGGUACUGCUGAAGACCCUAUGCACAUCGAUGGUGAUGAAGAAAAUGCUGUUGAUAUUAUUGGGAAGGCAACUACAGAUCUACAACAGAAUAUUGUUAAAUUAGCCUUGGUGGGCAAUGAUAACAAGAAAAUAUUCGUUAAUGCAAGAGAGACAACCAGGUUUUUCAAAUUAGCAGAAUAUUAUAUUCUCCAUAGAAAGUUACCAAAAAGUACUAAAGUAAAAUUGAUAUUUGAUGAUGAACAGAUAGACCUUGAUUCCAUGGUAAAGGAUCAAGAUGUAGAAGAUGACGAUAUGAUAGAGGUGGUGAUCAUAAAAUAA